UUUGUGUUUUUAUCAAAAUUCGCUCUCUCUCUUCCUUUCUUUUCUUUUAGAACUUGUCUCUUUUUUUUUUAAUCUACGCUAUUCCCUCUUUAUCGUAUGACGUCUAUUAUAGGAUUUACCAGAGCACCUUGUAAUCUCUAUUGCUCAAUAGCGCCAGUCAAGAAACUAUAUCAGCGAGAACCCAUAUCGAAUGGAAAUGAGACCGAAUUCGGAACUUUUGAUACAGCUGGCGAUGAUAAGAACCGGAAUUAUACACCAAACUUUCACCGCAUAUUUACCAGAGAAUCAAUGUCUUCUGCGGGUAUUAUAGAUCUGAUAAAGAACAAGCAGUCCUUGUUUCUACUAAGCGAUAAGACCGCUAAAUACGAUAAAACGACAGCAGAAGUGAAAAAUUACAACAAAGAGAAGAAUUUAUCACCUAGACCAAGCAAUGUUCUUUUUCAGGUGUCCAAUACCUCUGCAAAGCGAUCAACACACCAGCAAAAGCUGUCUAAAACUAACUACAACGUCUAUCUUUCUAUUGAACUCGAGAGUAAGCGAGAGUUUGAUAGUGUACUCGAUGAGAGUCAAAGUAACGGACACAUUGCUUCAAUAUCCAGUUACACCAACGUUGAACGUGUAAUAGAAUCUAUAUCCGAACUAGCAUAUAACUUGACUAUGAAAUUUGUCAAUGUGCUGGAACUCUUAAAAAAAUUACUACUGUACCAAAAACAAUACCAAUUUUUGAGCUGCAUAGAUAAGCAGCAAAAGACUCUGAAAGUCUACUUUCCAAAUGACCUGACAAACGAUGUUGGUGGAACAUACGCAUGGCUAAAAGAGGAGGUCGGCAUAGAUAUAAGCACACAACAGAAUUGGCAUUUGGUGCCCACGAAAGAUUACAAUAGCAACGAUGAUCAACAGUUAUCCACAGCCAAUGACAGCAGUGCUACCAACGAGAAAUCUGGUGCUCACUUUGACGGCAAAGCUUAUUUUGAAGACAUACACAGGUUUAUAGAUCAAGUGGACGCAUUAAUACAAUCAAACGGUUUAUUUUCUCAUCUGCAAAAACGCUUCAUGUUUGAUCUUGUGGUAAAAACGCAAGUUGAUCACUGCCUCAAACGUUAUAUAUAAUUACACUUGCAGCUGACACUCUAUCUGAUAUCCCGCUUUCGGUUGCACUACAAUUGUAUAUACGUGACAGUCUUAUACAAUUCAAUCCAGUUAACAGUCUACGGAUGGGCAUUUUCCCAGUCCCUCAAAAUCUGCAUAUUUGCAUGACAGAACACGCCAAUGAAAUGGUUCAAUUUCUGAACCCCUCAUCAAAUAAAAACAUGCAUUAGCUGAUUUGACAUAUGCCCCCAAACAGACUCUGCGGU